AAUCUCCUGGCUAUCUCCCCAUGUCAAGCAGCAUGUCCUUCACGCAGUUACCUGGGCUGCAGAUGGCCUUCUGGUAUUUUGAUGUCCCACAGCGGAUUGCUGUCUGGUGUCUGACCACUUGCUACCGCAUGUUCCCAAACAGGGAUCCAAAGACACCUUUUAAGAGAGGCAGACAGCUGGCUUACUUACUCUCCAUCUUCUAUGUCAUCGGUAUACUGGGAACUCUUAUUAUCACCUUCCGUGACCUUCCUAUGAACUACUAUCAACACUUUGGUGCAAGCUGUCAGGAUCUGGACCUUGGCCAACUGAAACGACUGUUCAGACGACUAUCCUUAAUAUACCACCCCGACAAGAACCCAGAUCCAGAAGCUAUGGAAAACUUUGUCCGGCUGCGAACUGCAUACGAGACUUUGACUGAUGAUAAGAGGAGAGAGAUUUAUAAUCGCAUGGGACCGAACUUGAAGUUUGUAGAUAAUUCAGCCACUAUAAUCGAUUGUAUGGAAGCAUCUGCCCGAAAAAUGGCUCAGGACCAUGUCAUGUCUUUGUAAGUAUUUUCGAGAUCGCUUUUAUGCUUGUAAAUUCUUUACUCAUCCAUUGUAUCUUCUUCCCGUUUAUUUAUAAAAUAACACAAAAGACUGUUUCAAUUUGGUGUCGGCUUCUUUGCUCCUGCUAUGAAGGUCACUCGAUGGAAAGUUAUACUACUUACUGUCUUCGUCGCCAUUGAACUCAACAUUUUGGCUUCACCUAAAUCAUGCGAUAUACGUGUUCUAGGACACCCUUUCUUACUGCACGAAAUGCUGUUGAUGACGAGACAUUUGUACCAUAGCUUGAAUGUGGCUCUUUCUCGUAUUAUACCGCACU